UGCCUCGGAAAUAAUACCGCCUGGUCCUCGGCAUCACACAGGGCCUGUUUCUUUCACUUCUUUGUCUCUUCGUCCACGGAAUCAGCGCUCUAAACACCGCUCUCUUCUCUCCGACCAGUUCUCUUUCCCUGACCGGUUCCCGGAUAUAUCAAGGGCGGGGUUUGGUGUAAUGACGUGCAAGUAUUUUGAUUUAACUCCAGUCUAAAGUUCAAUCCCAUGUCAGCUUUAAAGAAAAGCAUAAGUCACAGCCAUUCUUCCAGGGGAAGCAGAGACCCUAUCGACGAAACAACAUAUGGGAACGAGAGAAACAAAGGUCUCAUGUAUAGCCACUUCAACGCCCUCCCGCUGGAGGUCAUCCUCGAAAUCCUAUCUUAUCUUCCCUUUGAGGCACUUGUUGCCUUCGGCGGGGUAUCUCGCGCAAGUUACCGCGCACACACCCUGUGUCUACGGCGCCUGCGGUUAGCGGUCUUCGAAAAACGGAUCCACUGCAUGAUCUCUCAUCUCCAGGCGGGAUGGGCUACUCCCGAGCAAGUAGGCAAGUUUGCGGGGGAUGAGGAUAUCCGAGGAGAAUACACGAUCUCCAUCAUCCAACCCAUUGUCAAACGCAUCGGCCACGACGCCACCCGCAAGCCUUUAACGAAGACGAAUGAGCCAAGAAGCCGCAGUCAAUCACAGCAGGACAGAUCUCGGGUCCAGGACCGGAUGAUUCGCAAGCAGAAUAGAGUCUUCACCAAGAUGGUGAACCGGUACGGGUCGUCACUGAUGAAACUUGAGUUCAUGGCGUAUGACAUCGACAUCGAAGGUGCCCAGGCUUUGUCCACCAAAUGCCAACACACCCUGCGUCAUUUGGCAUUGCGCUUCGAGCAUCCACACAUUCGAGAUGGCUACAUGAGGCCCAGUUCUUGGCUUCAUCCUGCACCGGCCAGCACUGUCUGGAAUCCUCUCAUCGGCAUUGGACAGUAUCAGGGCAUGGGAAUGUCGGGCCUGGAGUCCCUGGUAAUGGAGAGGGCGGGCAUCACGCCGUGGCAACUGAUGAUGCUCGUGAGGAACAAUCCAGGAUUAAACGUGCUCAAACUGCGGACUUGCCGCGGCGUGCAACCCGAGUUCCUCGAUUGGCUCGGAGGGAUGAGCAGAGACACGGAAGAGGAGGAUUUUCUACGGACGGAAGACAAAUGCCACGUGCCCGGAGAGAAUCUGAAAGUCCUCUGGCUGGAGAACUGCCACCAGAUUGUGACCAAGUCUCACGAGCAUCCCAAGGACCUGGCCAAUGACAGUUGUGAUCUUGGGCUUGAAUGGGUCCGGGGUCUGAAGAAUCUCAAGUCUCUCUCUUUGAACGAAUGUAUGAACGUUUCAUCCGAGUGCGUCGAUCGAGCGAAUCAGACCAUCUGGAAGAUCGACGAAGUCAUCCUGCCAUACUCUUACCACACUCCUGCCUCGAUCAUCGAAGUGGACCCGGCGUUGCUCUAA